AUGGGUAUGUGUGAAUCGAGGGAGGAAAUAAAAGAUGUAUAAUUUGGAAGAUCAACAAUCUAACCUAAGAUGUCAGAGAACCCUAAUUUAGAUUUUUAUAGAGGUAUCUAUCCAUUCUAAUUGAACAAUUAAAUUCAAUUCCAUAUGAAACAUUGGAAAACUUAUAAUUAACAAUAUUAAUGGAAUAAAUUUUAUUCAGAUUUAGAAUCUGAUAAACAAUUUAUGCAAUGGCUCUACCCAAAUUUUUUUUAAUCAUUUUUCAACACAACUAGUUUUAGAUUAUCUAUAAAGGAAAGAAAUAGUUUUAUAGAGGAUCAAUCAGUAAUAUUGAUUUUCUAUUUUAGAUUAUGUAAUAGUAUUUAGAUAAUAUAAGAAUGUUUUAGAGAUUCUUAGGAAUAGCCAGGAAUGAUAAUUAAGAAUUAUUAAUAAUCGAUUAAUAACAGUUUGAUCAAUGCAUUUAUUCUUAUACAUAAAACUAAGUAAGAAUCUAGAGAUUUAUAUCAUCAAUGAGUGUUUUAGGGUAGAGAGAAUUAGCUCUUGAAUUUUUAUAAGUAAUAAAGAAUAAAUUGACAAAAAAAAAUAAAAUCUAUCAAUCUAAAUUUUAGGGGUUUGAUUUAUUGAUUGAAGAACUUGAUUUAUCAGCAUAAUCUUUAUAUUCAAAAAAAGUAUGUCAAUUAAAUAAUAAAGAAACCAACAAAAUCAUUUGGAGAAUAUAAAACACAUUAUGUCUAAGAGGAUCUUUUGAAUGAAUCAUGGGUAUAGGCUUCGAUAUUGACUAAAGCACCAAUAAUAGUCAAUUAAAAAAGUUUAGAAUCAUUUUUAGUUAAAUAAGAAGCUUGUUGA